AUGCUAGAAGUCGUAAGUGGUACAAGAGAAAAACCCAUCGCAAAUACACCUGCAGAUUAUACAAGCCUAUACAGUAAAUGUUGGUCUCCUGAUCCAGACAAACGCCCAGCGUUAGAUAAAAUUUUAAACACUCUUGACAAAUUAUCAAACAGAAUUGAAUUAAUUAUAAAUAAUCCAGAAUUGGUGCCUGAUGAUUCUCAAUCAAUGGCAAAAAACCUUAAAAAUUGUCAAUGUAGUACAG